AUGUCUUCAAAAAAAGCUUCCUCAACAACGGCACCACGAAAAAAGAUACAACUUAAAGUCGAUGAGAACACUACUCCGGAAAGUGUAUUGGUGGAGUAUAUUCGAGUUGGACAGACGGAAGAUAUAGAACAAUUAUUUAAGGACUAUUUGAUCGACCCAAAUUUUCCAAUUUACGACAAAUCGAGUGCCAAUACAAAUGAAAAAGUAGUGACUGACUAUCCGUUUACAUUAGCAGCUCGGAAUGGAUUUAAUGACGUUGUUCAAGUGCUUGUCAAAAACAAAGCAAAUAUUAAUUGCAAAAUCAAUGGAGAUAACAUUCUUCAUAUUGCUGUUUCUAACAACGAUGAAAAUUUUCUUAGAGCUAUGCUCGAGGUUGAGGUAGUCCAUCCAACCAAAAAGGAAAUUGUCAAAAAAAUUGAUAUUAAUUGUAGGAAUGAUAGAAACUUGAGACCAAUCGAUAUUGCUGUAAAUAAUAACGCGACCAAUUUAAUCAAAAUGUUGCUCGAGAAUGGAGCAGAAUUCGAUUUUGAUGAGCCUCUCGACCAUACAAACCAUACAAUUCUUCAUACAUCAGCUAUCGAAGGAGAUGUAAAGAGAUUGGCAUGCUUGUUGGAGUUGGGUCAAUCUCCAUACAAAAAGGAUGUAUCAACAGGAAGAAACAUUUUACAUUUUGCUGUCCUUAACAAUAGAAAGGAUUAUGCUGAAUAUUAUUUGAAAAUGAAACUUGAUGCGACCUUACUAUACUCCAUGGAUCUCAAUGGUCAGACUCCCAUUCACGAAUGUUGCAACAUGGAAAAUUGGGAAAUGUUGAAACUUUUCAUGACAAAGUUCAAUUUUGAUAUUAAUUAUUUGUUCCAAGAUGGCCUUUCUUUACUUCACAGAUAUGCGUUUCUCAAAAAACAAGACGUGUGCGACAAAUUAAUUGGGCUCAAAGCAAAGAUUAACCAUUUGGACAAGUUCGGGAAUACACCACUGCACUGGGCCUGUAGCUCUGGGUCCGCAACCUUAACGUCCUACUUUUUAGAGAAAAAGCUUAGUGCUAAUGAUCAAAACUGUGCCGGAAACUCGUGUCUUCAUGUUGCGUGUUAUCAUGGCUUUGUGGAUAUUACAGAGCUAUUGCUCUCAGACAAGAAAAUUCAAAUCAACAUUCUAAACAAGGAACAUCGAUCGCCUCUUAUGGAAUCAGUGUCAAGGGGACAUUUAAAAAUUGCAGAGAUACUUCUUUCUAAAGGAGCCAAUAUCCACGAGGAGGACAACAAGGGAAUGACCAGUCUUCAAAUUGCCCUCAAUGAAAAACAAGAAGAGACUUCUCUUCUCCUUAUCAAAAAGGGUGCUAAAGUGGAUCGAAAAUACGUGGGCUAUGCCAGAGAAGACUUCCUCACCGACCGAGAAUACAUGCUACAACAUCAUGUGGUGGAGAACAAUGAUAAAAGUUUAGAAUCGCUGAGAAAAUCUGCAGAUUUAGGAUUCAACACCAUUCUUCAACAAGCCAUUGUACAGGGUUUUUCAAGACUUGUCGAAGAAAUGGUUAAAAUUCCUGAAUGUCCUUUGGAAGAGCCAGACGUCAAUGGAGUGAAACCUCUGAUCAAUGCUAUCAAGGUCCAAAACAUUCAUAUGGUUCAGUCUUUGACAAGAACUGGUAAGGUGAAUGUUUCAGCUACUACAGAGCCCAUUACUGGAUUUUCUCCUCUCAUUCUUGCUUGUAGCUUGGGAAAUUACGAUAUUUGUGCUCAUCUUGUUAGGGAGUGUAAAGUAACAACAAACGGCUGUGAACACAUGACGAACAAAACUGCCCUUCAUUACGCUUGUCGUGUUGGAAAUUUGGAGAUUGUAAAAUUGCUGGUUGACAAUGGUUCUCGGGUCGAUGAUUUUGAUGUGCAUGACCGAACGCCUCUCUUUGAAGCUUGUGAACAUAACCAUGGUAGGAUUGUGGAGUAUCUCAUUGCAAAGCAUGCAAAUAUUGAGCACAAAGACAAGGAUGGUUUCACAAGCCUUCAUCUAUGUUGCCAGCAUGGAUCUGUGGCGUGUAUGACUGCUCUUAUUGAACGAGGAGCAAUACUGAACUCGAAAGAUUCUGCCGGUAGAACACCCUUAAUCGUUGCAUCACAAUUUGGACAAACAGAAUGUGGAAGAGUUCUUGUGAAAGCAUUUGCAUCAAUGAAAAAGUGA